AGAGGCAAAUGGCCCUGCAUCGGGCUUGCGCAGUAGCGACCUCUAUCUCCUCAACUCUGCAGACCACCCGCCGACCAUCAUACGCGAAGAUUACGCUGGCACUAGAGGGAGGAACUUUGUCAAACUUUCCCGUUUGUGCGAAGCCCGCCUUGCUUGUGAAUUGUCUACGCUCCAGAUUGCAUAUUCCUCCGCGUUCUUUUUUUCCAGCAUACUAUGUCUGUCGCAUCGUACCGAUUGGAUAUCCCUAGUCCUCGUCCACCUCCUCUACCUAUCCGAACACAAGGCCUCAAAUCACCCUCACUAUCGGGCAUCAACGACGCGUUCCCUUCACAAAUUGAGUCGCUGUCUCCAAGGAUACACACACCAUCCACACGCACAGCCUCCAGAUUACAGAACAGGGUCCCACGGUCACCUCCCCAGAGUCCUCGCUUGAGGGCCGGAGCGAGAGGAUUGACUCCUCCGCCUUCAAUACACAAUCGCUCAGUCACUCCUUCACAACCCGUUCAAGGCGACUUGGAAGAGUUUGCUGAGCAUUGUAGAGCUUGGUACUUCGAGCAGAACGACGAUGCCGGACGUGUCAUGACACAUACCCUAACCACUCUUCCCCCUUCACAACGUGCGCCAUUUGCUCGGCUGCAGGCGUCGAUAAGAUCUACAUAUCAUGCGAGUGUCAAUGCGCGCCGGAAUGCGGAAUUCAAGGCCCAUCUUAGCGCUACGCAGCUCGGAGCGUCGUUGAUGCCACAUUCUCGGGCCGAUCCUGGUGGACCUUUGGCGAAGAAGGAACGUUACGAGAGGUUGGAACGAUUCGUCAGAUCAUGGUGCACGAUGGGCAUGCCUGGCACAGAGCCCUUCUUUCAAGGCCUUUGGGCCGUCAUGCGACUGCAGGUGGUUCCAGAACACCUUGGAGGAGCUGGAGGAUUUAGAAUCGAAUGGGAAAUCGAUGAUGCGGUCUUUAAGGAAGCUGCCGGCAAAGAAUUUAUGCUUGAGGCCAUUGAUGUUCUCAAAGGAGUUCUCGCUUUCGAAGGAAUACUGUCGAGCAAGAGAUCCUCCUCGCUGACAGGUUCCGUUCCUUACUCGGCCGUUUCCUCACUGUCUCCAAUUCACUCUCGGUCGCAGUCGCAACCUCUUCCUUCUGCUAUCUCCGACUCGGCGCGUUCUCGGAAGGUUCCGCCAAUUACAUCAACCACUCAAACGAAAAGACCACGAGCUCCCAGUGAUCCCUUCUUGGAUACCCCCUCAUUAUCAACGUCAUAUUCCUCUGCAAACACGAUGGCGCAUCCCUCGACGUCGGGCUCGACGCUGGGAGAUGAGCCGGUGACGCCCACAAUGCUGCCUCUAGACGGUGUGGAUUUGUCAGCGUCGACAUUUAGUGUUAUGGAGUCGCCUGACACCGAGGAAUCAAUGAGGACAUGGAUAGCUCCCGACCUGUCCAACCAUGAGUACCUUGAGUUGCUCUCGGCGUUCCCGACAUUCAUUACUCGUAACACAUUGCCUCGGUUCCCUGUAUCGGAAAGCUUGCAGCGAAUGCCUGACCUUGAGGAGGGCCAGGAGAUGCAAGAUGAGCUCAAGCGCAUAAGGUUUGGGACAGGUGCAAUCUGGGUCGGGUCGAGGCCUCGUUCUAGUGGGUGGGAGGGCAGCUGGUGGAUCCGAUUCAAGCUGUGGGUCCGAAGAAUGCUCUGCUAGCUAUUUCAGACAGUCUUCGGCUCUUCUCAUUGCGUCAGAGUCACAACACAUCAUGCAACCUCUGAACAUUCGGACAUGUGCGAUGCCUCCGUGUACUUCCUGUAUUGUGCAUCCGGUCCGUGGAAUCCCAUUCUUGAUUGGACACCAUAUGGACACUUACGUUGCACACUCCGUUCUGUCAUUUGUCAUGUUUCAAGUUGUGAUCGCGAACGUACAUGGACACUGUAGUUGCGACUUGGACCGCGAAGCUUCCUCUCCGCUAGUAGAGGUGCAUAUACCUAGUACGGUCAUCUUUGUAUGCUGUUCACUGUGCUGAUAACCAGAGAAGAAUGUGAUAAGAUAGUAGAUCCUACGGAAGCG